GCCAAUGAGUGCAUUCCACAUGCGGAGAGCGAGCGCAGUACAUGCAGAUCAGGAGAGCGGCACAGCGGAGACACGCGAUUGGUGCUGAUGGUGCUAGAGCUGCGAACACCGGCAGUGUGCUGCGGUUCACGGGAAUGAGACGAGGGAUAGAUCCGAAAGACUAGUUAAGGGCUUCGUUUGGUUACUCGGCACAUCAUAAGGACACUAGGACUCCAAGCAGGCAUCGAAAAAACUUAAAGACCAAAAACAACCAGCGUGUGUCAUUUUAGCUUGAAUUAGUCCGGGUUUGUAACUUUUCUUCUCAUUAAACGCCUGAACUAAAAAGUUAACAUCGGCUUUUAUCGUGUACCGUUUAUCUGAGGUCACUAACGUUAUUUUUGGUUCAAGUUUUUCGUGGGUCCGAAGGUCUUGGGAAUCAGGACUGAAGGCUUUGAAGAAGCCCGUUUGUGGGGGGGUUGCGAGUCAGUCGUUCAUAAUCAGCGUGUCCGUCCGUCCACGAUGGAGAACGCACAUACGAAAACCGUGGAGGAAGUUUACAGCUUUUUCGGCGUGAACGAGAGCACGGGGCUCGGCCUGGAGCAAGUGAAGCGUCAGCGGGAGAAAUGGGGACCGAACGAAUUGCCUGCGGAAGAGGGAAAAUCACUGUGGGAGUUGGUGGUGGAGCAAUUUGAGGAUCUUUUAGUGAGGAUUCUUCUCCUGGCAGCUUGCAUAUCUUUUGUACUGGCCUGGUUUGAAGAGGGAGAGGAGACCAUUACAGCAUUUGUGGAACCUUUUGUUAUAUUACUAAUUCUUAUAGCCAACGCCAUUGUAGGUGUCUGGCAGGAGAGAAAUGCAGAAAAUGCCAUUGAGGCCCUCAAGGAGUAUGAGCCCGAGAUGGGCAAGGUCUAUCGCCAGGACAGGAAGACUGUACAGAGGAUCAAAGCCAGGGACAUCGUACCCGGGGACAUUGUGGAAGUUGCCGUGGGUGACAAAGUUCCUGCUGACAUUCGCUUAACUUCAAUCAAGUCAACGACCCUGAGGGUGGACCAGUCCAUUCUAACAGGAGAAUCUGUGUCAGUAAUCAAGCAUACAGACCCUGUCCCUGACCCUCGUGCUGUGAACCAGGACAAGAAGAACAUGCUCUUCUCUGGUACCAACAUUGCUGCAGGCAAAGCAGUGGGUGUAGUGGUUGCCACAGGGGUGAACACCGAAAUCGGCAAAAUCCGUGAUGAGAUGGCAUCCACAGAGCAGGAGCGCACACCGCUGCAGCAGAAACUGGACGAGUUCGGCCAGCAGCUCUCCAAGGUCAUCUCGCUCAUCUGCAUCGCUGUGUGGAUCAUCAACAUCGGACACUUCAACGAUCCCGUUCACGGCGGCUCAUGGAUCCGCGGGGCCGUGUACUACUUCAAGAUCGCUGUCGCACUGGCUGUGGCCGCCAUCCCCGAAGGCCUGCCUGCCGUCAUCACCACCUGUCUGGCUCUGGGUACCCGUCGCAUGGCCAAGAAGAACGCCAUCGUACGCUCUCUGCCCUCGGUGGAGACCCUCGGCUGCACCUCCGUCAUCUGCUCCGACAAGACCGGCACGCUGACCACCAACCAGAUGUCCGUUUGCAGGAUGUUCAUUGUUGAUCAGGCAAAUGGAAACAGCUGCUCUCUCAAAGAGUUCACCAUUACUGGCUCCACAUACGCCCCUAAUGGACAAGUGUUUCAUGAGGGUAAACCAGUCCGAUGCUCCCAGUAUGACGCUCUGGUUGAAAUGGCCACCAUCUGUGCUCUGUGCAAUGACUCCUCUCUGGAUUACAAUGAGGCCAAAGGUGUGUACGAGAAGGUGGGUGAAGCCACAGAGACUGCCCUCACCUGCCUGGUGGAGAAAAUGAACGUGUUUGACACACAACUGAAGGGCCUUUCCAAGGUUGAGAGGGCAAACUCUUGCAACUCGGUCAUCAAGCAACUGAUGAAGAAGGAAUUCACUCUGGAGUUCUCCCGAGACAGGAAGUCCAUGUCGGUCUAUUGCACUCCCAACAAAGCUCGCUCCUCCAUUGGCAAGAUGUUUGUUAAGGGAGCUCCAGAGGGAGUUAUUGACAGAUGCACGCACAUUCGUGUAGGUGGGAAUAAGGUUGCACUGACAGCAGGCAUUAAAGAGAAGAUCAUGUCGGUGAUCCGUGAGUACGGCACAGGACGUGACACACUGCGCUGUCUGGCUCUGGCCACCCGAGACAACCCAUUGAGUAAAGAGAGUAUGGUACUGGAGGACUCAAGCAGAUUCAUUGAGUAUGAGACGGACAUGACCUUUGUGGGAUGUGUGGGCAUGCUGGAUCCGCCCAGAGCUGAGGUGGCAGCUUCCAUCAAACUUUGUCGUCAAGCGGGCAUCCGAGUCAUCAUGAUCACAGGCGACAACAAGGGCACGGCCGUCGCCAUCUGCAGACGCGUUGGAAUCUUUGGAGAGGACGACGAUGUGUCACGAAUGGCCUACACUGGCCGAGAGUUUGAUGAUCUGUCUGCUGCCACCCAGCGUGAGGCAGUGCUCACUGCCCGUUGCUUUGCCCGUGUCGAGCCAUCUCACAAAUCCAAGAUUGUGGAGUUUCUGCAGUCCCACGAUGAGAUCACUGCCAUGACUGGAGAUGGUGUGAAUGAUGCACCUGCUCUGAAAAAGGCUGAAAUUGGCAUUGCUAUGGGCUCAGGCACAGCCGUGGCUAAGACUGCCUCUGAGAUGGUCCUUGCUGAUGAUAACUUUGCCACCAUUGUGGCUGCUGUGGAAGAGGGUCGAGCCAUUUACAACAACAUGAAACAAUUUAUCCGCUACCUCAUCUCCUCAAAUGUCGGCGAGGUGGUCUGUAUUUUCUUAACGGCGGCUCUGGGCUUCCCCGAGGCUCUGAUUCCAGUUCAGCUUCUGUGGGUGAAUCUGGUGACCGACGGUCUGCCUGCGACUGCACUGGGCUUCAACCCACCCGACCUGGACAUCAUGAGCAAACCCCCUCGCAAUGCCAGAGAACCCCUCAUCUCUGGAUGGCUCUUCUUCAGAUACCUAACCAUUGGCUGUUAUGUGGGUGCUGCUACUGUAGGUGCUGCUGCAUGGUGGUUCAUUGCUGCUGAAGAUGGCCCCAGAGUCACCAUCUAUCAACUGAGUCACUUCCUUCAGUGUGCACCAGACAACCCUGAGUUUGAGGGUCUGAAGUGUGAUGUGUUCGAGUCUCCCUAUCCCAUGACCAUGGCGCUGUCUGUACUAGUCACCAUUGAGAUGUGCAACGCCCUUAACAGGUCAGUAUCGGAAGUGCGCUGCAAUAAAGGAACCGCUUAUCCCUGAAAAUGCCCCAAUUGACCCUUUGCACAACCCUGCCCUCUUUAGUUACUGUUUCUAUGUCCAACAAGCCAUGCCUCUCUCACAUUACACACCAUGUUCUCAUGCAGUAAAAAAUACAUCUCGGAGCAAAGAGGAAACUGAAAACACGCCAACAGACAAGACAGAG